GGCAUUGCGUAACAUAAUAUUUUACAGUUAGCGAGAUUGCAUGAUCGCGAUCGAGCAAUAUUUAAUGCGUUCUGGUACGUUUGAAGUGAAAUAAAUCAUGGUUUUGCAGAGUAUUAGAGAUCUUGAUGAUGAUGUUUAUCCGGGUGUCCAGGACUAUGCACGAUGCCAGUCAAAGGCGUUUAUGAAGGGCUUCAUUGGUUUUAUAGCAGGAGCUGCUGGUGGAUUAACGGCUAGUAUCUAUGCCCGACAAAGAUAUCCAAGGUUCACUUCUGCUCAUACAGUCUCUGCGAUAGCAGGUGGAGCCAUUACCUGCGGCUACCUUGUGGCAUCAAUAGCAUCCAGAGAUUGCCAGAAGAACUGGGUAAGAACAGCUCAAGCAUCAGGUUACAACGAUGACAAUGUUACAUCUCCCAGAACAGUCGCAGCAGAGCAAUCUAUCGCACCACAGCCGUUACAGGGAAACACUUCAAAUGCAGUCACGGAACAGAGAGAACAAGACGAGUUCGAUGGACCGGUUUCAAAGAAGACCAAAUAUGGAGAUACUAUGGAUUAGCCAGUGAAUAGUUUGGAAGACUGGUAUUCAGUGAUGAACUUGUCUGGCUGCCAGCUUUGACAGCAAUACAUGUAUGCAGAUGGGACAGUGUUGUGGCCUUUCAAUAAAACUCAACAUUAUGUUACCUAAGGAGAGUAAAGCCUUGCUGCAUGGCUUUUCUUCGUACUGCCAGAAAUUUUACAGAAUCUUUUGCAAAUUUCUCAAUACAUGUACCACAUGCAGAUUAACCUCCAGAAUGAUUGGGCUACAGUAUAUGCAGAUGAACUCUAUAAAGACUAGGCCGUUUUGAUGCCUGAAUAUUCAGAUUAGGGGUUGGGGGAGAAGUUGAUUUAGU